CAAAUUGAACGCUCCAAAAAAAAAACUAGCCGUUACAAAAUGUAGAAGCGUAAAAAGCUCAACUUUCUUCCUUUUCCCUCGUUGAUCAAUGAAUUCAAGAACCAGAAAACCCUAACCAAACAAUCAGCAAUACACAAAACGCUAACUCUAAUCAACUUUCACGUUGCUUUACAGUGACUUUGAUGGAUUCAAACUGCAAAUCCACUAGGCUAAUUACGCCUAAAAAAUGCUCCAAGAAUUUCGAAAAUUCAAACCCCAAUGUGGAACACAGUCCAGUUUUAUCAAAAUCUUCUAAAUCACCAUCAAUGGCAAAAUCAGCAACGAAAACACAGAAAUCAGUUUCCAGAAAUACUAACACAAAUCAAUUGGCUUCACCUUUGCCCAAAAACAAGAUUCGUCAGAGGAAGUUUGUAAUCGCGAAGAAGAAGAAGUCGAAUACAGAUAAUGUGAACCCUUCAAUGGUUUGUAAGUGUAAUAAUAAGGCUGGUGCUGAGAAAAAGAAGUGUCUUUGUGUUGCUUAUGAGACUCUCAGGGCUUCUCAAGAAGAAUUCUUUAAGAAUCGUGGUGGAAAUGAACAGGGAGAGUAUGAAAUUGAUAAUGAUUUAGUUGAAUUGGGUGAUUUUUCGGGUGAAUUGAGUGGCGGAACUAUAAAGAGGAGGAGGGAGAGGGCGUUGGAAGAAGCAAGACAAAGUGUACCUGAAGCUGGUGCUGGAAAAGUGAAGCAUUUAGUUAAGGCUUUUGAGAAGCUUCUUUCAAUACCCAAAACAAAUGAGUGUGAAGCGAAAGUGGAAAAAGACGAAAAAGAAGUAGAAGAUUUUAGCAAGGGACAUAAAUGGGCAUUGCCUGGUUUACAGCCUCCCAAUAUUCCUGAGACACAGGUAUCUUCUUCUUCGUUUUGUCCAUCUGAUUUUUUCCUCACCUCCGAGAGUUUAGGCUUGGAUUCGCGUCGUGCCUCCUCAUUCGAUAGCAGCCAUGGAUGCUUCAGUAUUUCAAGCAGGACUUCAGGUGGUGGUCGAAGGAGCAGACGCAAUAGUGCUGGAUCAUCAAGAACAUUUGCUCAAAGAAACUGGAAGAGAAGGCAGCUCAAAGCGACCUCCCAAAAGCCCUUCAAACUUAGAACUGAGGAAAGGGGAAAAUGUAAGGAGGAAGAAUUUUUAAAGAAAAUGCAACAAAUGGCUGAGGAAGAGGAGAAACAGCGGAUACCGAUUGCACAAGGCCUUCCAUGGACAACAGACGAGCCAGAGUGUUUGGCAAAGCCCCCAGUAAAAGAGAUAACAAGGCCAGUUGAUCUGGUACUGCACAGUGACAUUAGGGCUGCUGAACGUGCUGAGUUUGACCAUCAGGUGGCAGAAAAAAUGAGCCUUAUUGAACAAUACAAGACGGAAAGAGAGAGACUGCAGAAGAUGGCUGAGGAAGAAGAAAUUAGGAGGCUGAGAAAGGAACUCGUUCCAAAAGCUCAACCAAUGCCCUACUUUGACAGGCCUUUCAUUCCUAGAAGGUCAACAAAAGAUCCUACCAUUCCAAGAGAGCCAAAGUUCCAUAUACCGCAACAUAAGAAGAUAAAGUGCUGCGUGUCUUGGAAUGAUAUGGACAUACACAACAACAGCGAAUGGGGGAUGCAGCAAUGACAAAGAAUGAGGCAGUCCUGCAUUUGGGCCUGCAUCAUCACCUGUUCAUAUUCUUUUAUUCAAUGGUAUAUAUAUGAAGCAAUAGUUUUUCAUAAUCGUAUCAAUUUUUGGGAAAGGGAAAAGAAAACAGUUAGUUUGGCACAAUGGUAUGCUAUCUGAAUCAACAACUCUCUAUUUGCACAACCCAGAGUACUUCUGUGAUUAUGCUUAUGAAUGAGAACAUUUUGAUCCUCUCCAAUUGAAAUGAAUGUUGAACUUACUAUUCC